GUCAGCAUGGGUGGCCAAUCAGCAGACAGUCCCACUUAUUAUGCGCGUUACCGCUAGCCCAGCUGCGCCUUCGGCAAACGUGACCGCGCGUUGAUUUUUCGACAUUCGCGAUCAAGCAACCGCCACGACGCGUCAACCGGCCCAGGAUGUGGACAUUGAUCUCAUCACAUACUGCGGGAGCGCCGGGCUCCUCGGAGUACCCCCUACCAGAAAAAGGGACAGUACAUAUCAUCAACGACAAUCACCCUGGCGUGGUUCGCUUUAUAGCGGCACCCGCAAUCAUACCCGAGCUCGGUCGCAUCGAUUCUGGGCCAUGUGGGGUCAAACUGGAAGCCAUCACAGCCUCAUUAAGCAUCUUGCCUGGCCAAGCAUACGCCAACAGUCCACCAUCGGCUGCCAGAUUCGAGUUGCAACCACAAAGCGGCGGACGCUCAGAAGCAAUAUUCUUGCGUCAUGGCGACCAGAUUUAUGUUCCAAAUGCUGCAUCUCAUCUGACUUGUCAGUGGACAGACUCCGAGGUCCAGGUCAACUCAUCGGCUGCUGACGCUAUGGGAAUCGCUGUGACACCUGAAGAAGCCCAAGGCGAGGGCAAUGGCAUGAAAGAUAUCGCUAUCAAUGUAGCAAAGUCGCAACCUCGAGCAACCCCUCAGCUUUCGAAUCAACGAUCUACUACUGUAAUCCAGGAGACCCCAACCGCUACUCGUACACGAAAUCUUGCAGAUUCCUAUGAAGCUGACGUCCAUGAAGCAGACGCUUCCUCGACGGUCCGCACUGGCGAGUCACAGGAUCGGUUGCAAACACAGCCGCCUCUGAAUGCUAGAACGUCUUCGCCGCGAGUGCACAUACCUUCAAGAUCAGCUAAGAAACGAACGCGGCCCCUAGCAGAUGAGGCAGAGGCAGAGGCAUCGAAGUCUGGCAACGAAGCAUUUGCUGGACCUAACAAGCGCGCCAAAACAAGCGAUAGCGACACAGAGGACAGCCGCCUGAGCAAUCUCGACGUUGCUAAGCCCGAACAAUCCGCCCCGCCACGAUCGCAGAGGAGUUCGCAACGAUCUAUAUCUACCACUACAGCACAAGAGGACUACGAUGGUCCGACCUCUCGUGUAGCCUGCAGUAACUCCACCAUCACGAAGACAAGUGCGGCUGUCAGAUUCUUGAAGAAACAAGGUGGAGCGUAUGUGGAGAACCUGGCUGAUGACUUCAACGUACUAUGCGUACGAGACGGUGAUCUCCAAAAGACAACAAAAGUACUUUAUGCCAUCGCUCGCGGCAUUCCCAUCGUCACAGACAAAUGGCUAUACGAAUCUGCGUCAGCUAAUCGCCUCCUCACCGUUUCCGCUUUCAAGCCAUCCAUACCUAAGCAGGAAGAGGAGUGGAAAAUCAAGCUUGACGAUGUCCUUGAAAAGCCGCAAUCUCCGUUCACCGAUUAUGCUAUUCACUUUACGAAAAGCCUCAAGACGAGAUACGCAUCCUUCUCUGACAUUGAGGCGGUCUGCAAAGCCGCGGGCGCGAAGAGUGUAACGACCGGUGCGACGAAGUUGAAGAAGACAGGUAAUACUAUUAUUCUCGCUGAAGACGGAGACGAUGCGGAGGCACAAAAACUGAUCAAGGACGGAGUAACGUGCUACACAAAGGACUUCUUCACGUACAGUAUCCUGCGGGGCGUCGUUGACCUCGAGAGCGACGAGUUCAAGAUUGAAGGAGCCGCAGCCGCGGAGACACCUUCAAAGGAAGAAAAGAAGAAACGAGGCCGAAAGAGUGGAUAGGCACGCAUCGACGAGUCAAAGGCAAAGGACAGGCCCAAGAUUAUGAUUUUACCAGCGACAUGUUUUAAUGCAUAGCGAACGGAGCAUGUGCCAGGCGACGGUACGGAGGUAAUUCGUUCAUAUCACAGUAUACCCACUUCUAUCAUCGUAACAGACAAAUCCAGUAGCAAUACUACAAAUCAGAUUACAAAACAGCGCUUAUCGUAGCAUCACUGCCGUCGUAUGCUCCGGUAAGCGAGCAAGACCCACAUCAUCCCCCACUAUACACAUAUCCCCGAUGCUGCCGAUGUUUGCUCUCCAUUGCGACUCGAAACUUGAGCUUUGCCAGGCGAUUAGUACGAU